CGAAGAAGAGGCGUAAAAAGCUGGCUCGUGUUGCAUUCGGACCCUCGGUGCACACGUGCAUUGAUCGCAGCAAUACACGGAAACAACACGGAAUCCAGAUUUCUACGCCUCAAAGCAAGGCACUUCAAGACGCACAGGUGCCAAAUUCAACAUAAUCUAUUCCAUGCGCGUACCAACAAGCUCUUCAUUCCUUAGUUCAUGACUAGCUUUGCAAUCUCAGCAGCAGGUGGAGUCGACGAUCUCAACAUAUUUGAGUCUGCGGAGCUGCUGAGUCCGAAUACGUAAGCUUCUCCAAGACUCCACCUGUUGCGCUCGAUCGACAGGUGAUUUAAUAGAGGCCUUACGGAAGCACCGACAAAGCCUUCGUAUGUGCUCGUGUCGACACUCGUAAGCUUAACCGCGCCCGUGCAUUUCAAUCCCUACAUUUGUAGGCUUCAAGUUCACCGACAACUUUUAUCAGCGUUGUACAACAUGCCGAUCUUUCAACCUCUGUAUAUCGGUGUUGUGAUGGACAUUUUGCGCGCUGUUGCGCAGCUUUUCUUCAGAAUAGAUUUCCACCUCAGUUUUUCUGAUCAUGAUGCUAGUUGAUCUCAUUGAUUUCGUCCGCUCUUGGAGGCCAGUUUUCGACAUUGACUUCCAGAUGUGGACCAGCUACCCGGCUUCUCAAUGGAUCCAUGGCAGUCUUCUAUUAAAUGCAGGCGAGCUUGGGAAGCUUACAAGCACUGCUUAACUCCAGCGAUCAGUUCAUUCAACUUCGCUGCGUCAUUUUUGCUCCUUAACUUUAAGUUUCAGGUUUCGAACUUGUCAACCUCUCUAGACUGUCAGCGGGACUCGGCUUCUACUUCAAUCAUCAACUUGAAAAUACCCGGACUGCUACCACAGUGCCGAUUCAACAUGUGCAGGAUCUCUUCGAGCUCAGCGACGCGGACUUGGAAGCCAUCAUGCAUGACCCUGUCUGUGGUGCUGGCCAUGAUCGAACACAACCUGUUGACCUCACUCUUGCACCACAUCACCCAAGAUACCCGCCCAUAUGACGUGCAGCAGCGGGAUGCAGUCCGGGACCAAAAUCUGGACAUCGAGGCUCGUGGAAGAUCUGGGAGGCUGUUCGUUCACUCCAUCGAAUUUUUAAACCAAUCUACCAAGUUGGUGAAACUUGGUAUGUACAGAUAUAACGUAUUCGGAUUGUGUAACACCACCUCAAGGGCUUAGUUCCGUUAGUGUCACCUUAGAUGAAUCACCAACUCGCAGUUGACUUCACAAUGUGGAAUUCCGAUCCAUUCCAGCAUUGGAUCUGACAGUGGACUUCGUGGCCAAAGCUUUCCAACUAUGGUCACAAUGAAAUGUUAGUUCACUCAACAGUAUAUGUAUGGACUCAUGUGCACCUGCUCGAGUGCCUUGCAACUGUAAUUGCAUAUGUUAAGGUUUUAGUGUCAAUUCUUUUUAUGAUGAUGAGAGCUGUCUACAGCUAAGUCUCUAUACAACUUGCACGAGCCAGUUUGCCAUUGCAAACUGGUUGUACACAUGUUGAAUUGUUGAUAGACGCAAAUUGGAAGAUAAUUGCUCAUGUAGAAAGAUAUCGAUGUUUUUAUCGGCAUUAGUUACAGAUCCAGCCUGUCUACA